CUGCAGUUUUCGGGUUUGUGCCAUUUCCAUUUCGAUUUGGGAGUGUGAAAAUCCCGCGAUGACAUAAACCUUGUGAAUUUUAAGCCUGUACAUAGCCUAUGGCUAUCGCAUUCGAGGGAUCUGAUUCCACUUUUUGACGGGUAGUACGUGGCAAUUGAUGCCAAAGUGAGAAGCUAAAACACCGAUAUAAGUCCCCUUCUCGUCGCGGUGUGCAAAGACGAAAAAACGCAACAAAAUAUAAGAGUCCCACCUGUCAUUUUGCCCUCCUCCGCAAUCUUUGCAACAGGAGCGUAUAAAAGCCAGAGGGCGAGGAGAUUCAGGCACCCUGCUCGGCACCGGACAGAUUGACAGUUGCCAUGCAUCUGGCUGCCGCUGCACUGUGGUUGACACUGGCUCCAGCUCUGGCCAGAGCCUGCUCCAGCUGUGGUCUGACCAACGUCUCCAUCACCGUGGAGGGAUGCAAGGGCUGGGUCACCUUCAACACCACCUCCUGCGCUGGCCUGUGCUUCACCCAGGACCCUGUGUUCGACAGCCCCCUGAAAUCGCCCCCCCAGACGGCCUGCAACUUCGGGGAUAUGGUCUAUGAGACCGUGCACCUGCCGGGGUGCUCCAACGGAAAGGACGUCCACUUCACCUACCCCGUGGCCCUGAGCUGCAGGUGCAGCCGGUGCAACACUAACAGCACGGACUGCGGCCAGCUCAACACAGAGGCGUCCGGCUGUCUGGCCCACUAGAGCGGGCCUGGGGGCCCGACGGAGGCCAGGGGCCGACGGUACAGCUGCACACAGGCUCCCGGGGGCCUGCAUCGGGGAAUGUGAUGGUUUGGCACGUGAAGAACUCUAGUGUGUUCCCCCUAGAUUGCAUUUUAGAAUAUAAAAUUAAUUUUGUUAGUACUCAUUUCAGUUUAAUAUCUUGCAUGUUUAAUGGCUGCAACAUAAUAUUUAUCUCCUAUUACGUUUUUCAGUUGUUCUGCUGAAAUAA